UACUGGAGACAUCACAGAGCCAUUCUCACAGCAUCGGUCUCACAGCAUCAGCGCCUGACACACGAAAACAUGGCAAACGCCUACCUGCAAGGAGUAGAGAUCUCAGCCUCUCAGUUCCUGGAUAUAUUCCAUCAUUAUGACAACGAUGGUAAUGGAUAUAUCGAGGGGAAGGAGUUGCAGAAUUUUAUCAGAGAACUUCAGCAAGCUCGAAAACAAGCAGGACUGGAACUAACAGACAAAAUGAAGGCCUUUGUGGAGAAAUAUGAGCAAAAUGCUGAUGGAAAAAUAGGUAUCAUUGAGCUGGUUCAAAUCCUACCAACAGAGGAAAACUUCUUGCUAUUUUUCAGACAACAGCUGAAAUCCUGUGCAGAAUUUAUGCAGGCUUGGAGAACUUAUGAUGCUGAUCACAGUGGAUACAUCGAAGCUGACGAACUUAAGAAUUUUUUGAAAGACCUGCUUCAGAGGGCAAAAAAACCAUAUAAUGAGAAGAAAUUAGAGGAGUACACAUUGACUACGCUGAAAAUUUUUGAUUCAAAUAAGGAUGGAAAAUUAUGUCUGUCAGAAAUGGCACGGCUGUUACCAGACCAGGAGAACUUUCUGCUCAAGUUUCAGGGGGUAAAAAUGGCCAGAAAAGAGUUCAACAAGAUUUUUGAGUUAUAUGAUCAGGACAGGAACGGUUACAUGGACGAAAAUGAGCUUGACGCCCUCCUCAAAGACCUUUGUUUGAAAAACAACAAGGUUCUAGAAGUCAGCAAAAUUCCGACAUACAAGAGCGCCAUCAUGGCUCUGUCUGAUGGCGGCAAGCUCUACAGAACAGAGUUAGCACUGGUGUUGUGCGCAGAGGAGAUGUGAACACUUCCAUGGGUGCUCACACUAUCCCAGAACCCCGUCCUCAACUCACCUGUGAUGCAUAAAGUAGCUAGAACCCUCUUACGUUCUUUCAUUUGGAACACAGAGUUCACAUAGACAGGCAACCCUGUGGCACUUUUCAAUUAGUUGUUUCUAUACUGUUUCUAAGUGUACAGAUUUUUUAACAAUGGCACAAGUACAAUACUUAACAACCUACACUGCAUACAUAAACAAAACAAUUCCUUAAACAAAAGAAGGGACCCAACAUGCUAACAAAUCCCCAUCUCGAUUCAAUAUCCAAAGUAUCCACCAAUACCUAUUCAGUAAGUAUAAUAAGUACUGAUUUAUCUUCCAAUAUCAUAGACAAAAGCAAUAAUGUCAUCAAGGAAUGCAGAUGAGACACAGCCUGUUGGUGGGAUCUAUGUAAAUCUCCAAAAGGCUGCAUUUACUUUUGCAAUGCAUGUUUGUAUCAGACAGCAGGCCCUGCUAGUGGGGUAUUUUUGACUGCAAGCACAUGCCGAAUGUAAUGCAUCGCCCCAGUCCUGUCUCUGUUAGAUUUUGCACUGUAAAGAAUGACAUGCUACUCUAUGCUAAACACCACAGACACUGUGUAAGAAAACAUUAAACUUAUUGAAUGACUACCUGAA